UAUCUUGAGGUUACGAAUCGUUUCAAAUCGGAAUUAAUUCUUUAUUUCAAAUACUUGUAUGUUUACAAAUCAGUAUAUUCCUAAAAGUGAUUUAAAAAGUAGUGAAAAUGCCGAAGGAACAAUUUCGCGAGACAGACGUGGCGAGAAAAAUCUCCCACAUCAGUUUUGGGGUCGAAAGCGCCGAAUCCAUGCAACAACAGUCACACAUCCACGUGGUUGCGAAAAAUUUGUACAACCAAGACAUCCAGCGAACACCCAUAGCCUACGGAGUGUUAGACAAACGACUGGGAACAAACUCCAAGGAGUCCCCUUGCCAAACAUGCGGCAAAAACAUAAACUUAUGUGUGGGCCACUUCGGCUACAUCGAUCUAGAACUUCCCGUAUUUCACGUAGGCUACUUCAGAAGCAUCAUCAGCAUCCUCCAAACGAUAUGCAAAAACUGUGCACGCGUUCUUCUCAACGAAGAGGAAAAAAGCCAGUUCAGAAUUCGUCUCUCCAACGACAAUCUCAGCUACAUGGUGAAAAAAGCCAUCAGGAAGAAAAUCGUAGAGAAGUGUAAAAAAUUAACGAAAUGCCCGCACUGUAAAUUCGACAACGGGUUCGUGAAGAAGUUGACAGCCGGUAAAGGAAGCACCGGAGGAUCGGUUUUGAAAAUCGUCUGCGAGAAACACGGGGGCGCCAAUAAGGAAAACAUGAUGAAAAAUCACAUAGAAAAAUUUAACUCGGCCAUUGAGACUAACCCUGAGAUUAAAAAUGCUCUGACUGCAAGCAACAACGUGUCGCAGAUUUUCACACCGAUUGACGUUUUGAAGUUGUUUGAGAGAAUUCCACAGAGUGACAUUCCGCUACUUGCUAUGGACACAAGACGGUCACAACCAAAAGAUUUAAUAUUUACGCGAAUGUUGGUACCGCCUGUAUCCAUCCGUCCGUCCGUAGUUUCAGAUUUAAAAGCCGGAACGAACGAAGACGACCUAACCAUGAGACAAUCCGAAAUAAUUUUUAUUAACGACGUCAUCAAAAAACACAAAUUGUCUGGAGCUUCAGUCAACAUGUACCAGGAAGGCUGGGACUUUCUCCAAUUACAAACCGCUCUCUACAUCAACAGCGAAUUAUCCGGAGUCCCUUUAGCAAUGAUGCCUAAAAAACCAGGACGCGGUCUCGUGCAACGCCUCAAAGGCAAACAAGGUCGCUUUCGCGGGAACCUUUCAGGAAAACGCGUCGAUUUUUCCUCGAGGACUGUAAUUUCGCCGGACCCGAAUUUGCAGAUUGAUCAAGUUGGCGUUCCGUUGCAUGUCGCUAAAAUUUUAACCUACCCAGAGAGGGUGAUUCACGCGAAUAUCGACCACAUGAGGCAGUUGGUGAUCAAUGGACCCGAUAAGUGGCCCGGCGCCAAUUACGUCCAGCAGAAAGGGUCAGCGUUUAAGAAGUUUUUGAAAUACGGAAAUAGGGAGAAGUUGGCGCAGGAGUUGAAACUGGGGGAUUUGGUGGAGCGGCACUUGCGCAAUGGCGACGUGGUUUUGUUCAACAGGCAGCCGAGCUUGCACAAGUUGUCCAUUAUGGCGCAUAGGGCGCAAAUACACAAACAUAGGACGUUCAGAUUUAACGAAUGCGUGUGCAAUCCAUACAACGCCGACUUUGACGGCGACGAAAUGAACUUGCACUUGCCUCAAACAGAAGAAGCCAAAGCUGAGGCACUAAUUCUAAUGGGGAAUAAAAGUAAUCUAGUGACCCCUAGAAACGGCGAAUUGUUAAUAGCCGCCACCCAGGACUUCUUAACCGGGGGUUACCUCCUAACCAAAAAAGACACCUUCUUGGAUAAAGCCCACGCUUCUCAGUUAGCGGCGACUCUUCUGGCAGAGGGCGACACUAACAUGCAGAUUGAUUUACCAACACCUUGUAUAUUAAAGCCCAAAGCGCUCUGGUCCGGCAAACAAAUCUGCAGCCUCAUCUUCCGCCCCAACAAAAAGUGCCCCAUUAAGGCCAACCUGGAAGCCAAAGGCAAAUCCUACACGAAAAACCGCGAGCUCUGCGUCAAAGACUCGUAUGUCAUAGUACGAAACUCGGAACUCAUUUCGGGGACUCUGGACAAAAGCCACCUCGGAAACGGUGGCAAAGGCAGCAAUAUUUUUUACGUUAUUUUGCGAGAUUUUGGCCAGGAACACGCAAUCAAAGCCAUGUGGAGAUUGGCCAAACUCACGUCGUGCUACCUCAUGAAUAGCGGAUUUUCAAUCGGAAUCGGGGACGUCACACCCAGUCAAGGUCUCCUACGACGGAAACACAAGCUUUUGGAAGACGGGUACACGAAGUGUGACGAAUUCAUCCGACAGAUGGCGGACGGGCGGCUGCAGUGUCAGCCGGGGUGUACCGCUGAAGAGACUCUAGAGGCUGUUAUUCUGAAGGAGUUGUCGGUUAUUCGGGAGCACGCAGGACAGGCGUGUUUGGCCGAGUUGCCACCUACUAAUAGUCCAUUGAUUAUGGCGCUAUCCGGCUCAAAAGGAUCGUUUAUUAAUAUUUCUCAGAUGAUAGCGUGCGUGGGGCAGCAGGCCUUGAACGGGAAAAGAGUCCCAGAUGGGUUUGAGAAUCGAUCGCUACCGCAUUUUCAACAUUAUUCGAAAACUCCAGAAGCGAAGGGUUUCGUUGAAAAUAGUUUCUAUACGGGGUUGACACCCACGGAGUUUUUUUUCCAUACCAUGGGUGGUCGUGAGGGUUUGGUUGAUACUGCUGUCAAGACUGCCGAAACGGGGUAUAUGCAGAGGAGGCUCGUCAAGUCGUUGGAAGAUCUGGUGGUCCAUUAUGAUGGUUCAGUUAGAAACGCUGAAGGAGACAUCGUCCAAGUGAAUUACGGUUGCGAUGGGCUAGACCCUACUUUCAUGGAAGGAAAGGACUGCCCGGUCGAUUUCGACCGCGUCUUGCGUCACGUGCAAGCCAAGUGUCCCUACAGGGAAGAAAACGCCCUCACUGGAGUCCAAAUCCGAAGGGCCACCAACGCUUUCCUGGAAACAGACGCGCUAAACGAGUGCAGCGAAGACUUCAAAAACGAACUCAAAGGCUUCAUGGAAAAGUAUGCCGAAAACGUGGAGAAAAUAGAGCAGAAAUUCGGAAAAAGCAAAGUCGUGAAAGAAAUCGAGAGACUAACGUGCAGCCAAUUGGUCACGUUUUUACAAACCUGUGGCUCUAAAUAUAGUAAGUCUAUCAUAGAACCGGGGACGGCAGUGGGAGCUUUGGCGGCACAAAGUAUAGGGGAGCCCGGUACUCAAAUGACCUUGAAGACUUUUCACUUCGCGGGCGUGGCAAGCAUGAACAUCACGCAAGGUGUACCAAGAAUCAAGGAAAUUAUCAACGCUAGUAAAGAAAUCAGCACGCCUAUUAUAACCGCCAGUCUUACCAACCCCCACGAUAUCGGGUUCGCGCGAGAAGUCAAAGCCCGAAUUGAGAGAACAACCCUUGGCGAAAUCGCGUCGUUCAUCGACGAAAUCUACACCCAACACGACUGUUUUCUGCUGAUUCAGCUGAACUACGACCGAAUUAAGCUGCUACGGCUGGAGAUUAAUGCGGAGACCGUGCGUUACAGCAUCUGUUCGUCGAAAUUGAAACUUAAACCCACGGAAGUUCGUGUGGAAAGUGACACCAUCAUCACGGUUCACCCCAGCGGUAGCAAACACUCUACACGAUAUAAUUUUUCGUUGAAUGAGCUCAUGACGAAAAUACCCAAUGUGGUGGUUAAAGGGUUGCCAACGGUGAACAGGGCCGUAAUUGCGAAAGAGGAAAAGGCGGGACAGACGUUGUAUAAUUUGUGUGUUGAGGGGGAUAAUUUGAGAGAAGUGAUAGCGACGUAUGGAGUCCUAGGCACGAAAACGGUGUCAAAUAAUAUCAUUGAGGUGUACAACACUCUGGGGAUAGAGGCGGCAAGGGAAACUAUAAUGUCUGAAAUCAAAAUGGUGAUGGAAAACCACGGCAUGAGCGUCGAUUAUCGCCAUAUCAUGUUACUGGCGGCCCAGAUGACUCACACCGGGGAAGUUUUGGGAAUCACACGCUACGGUCUAUCAAAAAUGAAACAAUCAAUCCUCAAUCUGGCUUCAUUCGAGAAAACGGCGGACCAUUUAUUCGACGCAGCCUACUACGGACAAACGGACAAGAUCAACGGGGUCUCCGAAAACAUCAUCAUGGGCAUGCCCGCCCCCAUAGGUACCGGGAUAUUCAAACUCCUGCACAAACCCCUCCACGUGGACGAAAACCCCCAAUCAGAACCCCUACUAUUUGAAACUGCUAUUGCUGAAUAAACUAUGUAUUUAAGAACUUUUACAUUAAAAUAGAAAAUAAAUUAA